GAUAACGAUGAUAACACACACAGUACGAUAUGAUGCAACGAGUAGCUUAAAUACUGUGUUCCUAUUACACUGGCCCUGUGGAUGGACCUUGGUUAGUCUGUUACACUGGCCCUGUGGAUGGACCUUGGUUAGUCUGUUACAAUGGCCCUGUGGAUGGACCUUGGUUAGUCUGAAACACUGGCCCUGUGGAUGGACCUUGAUUAGUCUGAAACACUGGCCCUAUGGAUGGACCUUGGUUAGUCUGAAACACUGGCCCUGUGGAUGGACCUUGGUUAGUCUGAAACACUGGCCCUAUGGAUGGACCUUGGUUAGUCUGUUACACUGGCCCUGUGGAUGGACCUUGGUUAGUCUGUUACACUGGCCCUAUGGAUGGACCUUGGUUAGUCUGUUACACUGGCCCUGUGGAUGGACCUUGGUUAGUCUGUUACACUGGCCCUGUGGAUGGACCUUGGUUAGUCUGUUACACUGGCCCUGUGGAUGGGCCUUGGUUAGUCUGUUACAAUGGCCCUGUGGAUGGACCUUGGUUAGUCUGAAACACUGGCCCUGUGGAUGGACCUUGGUUAGUCUGAAACACUGGCCCUAUGGAUGGACCUUGGUUAGUCUGUUACAAUGGCCCUGUGGAUGGACCUUGGUUAGUCUGAAACACUGGCCCUGUGGAUGGACCUUGGUUAGUCUGAAACACUGGCCCUAUGGAUGGACCUUGGUUAGUCUGUUACAAUGGCCCUGUGGAUGGACCUUGGUUAGUCUGAAACACUGGCCCUGUGGAUGGACCUUGGUUAGUCUGAAACACUGGCCCUAUGGAUGGACCUUGGUUAGUCUGUUACAAUGGCCCUGUGGAUGGACCUUGGUUAGUCUGAAACACUGGCCCUGUGGAUGGACCUUGGUUAGUCUGUUACACUGGCCCUAUGGAUGGACCUUGGUUAGUCUGUUACACUGGCCCUAUGGAUGGACCUUGGUUAGUCUGUUACAAUGGCCCUGUGGAUGGACCUUGGUUAGUCUGAAACACUGGCCCUAUGGAUGGACCUUGGUUAGUCUGUUACACUGGCCCUGUGGAUGGACCUUGGUUAGUCUGUUACACUGGCCCUGUGGAUGGACCUUGGUUAGUCUGUUACAAUGGCCCUGUGGAUGGACCUUGGUUAGUCUGUUACAAUGGCCCUGUGGAUGGACCUUGGUUAGUCUGAAACACUGGCCCUAUGGAUGGACCUUGGUUAGUCUGUUACACUGGCCCUGUGGAUGGACCUUGGUUAGUCUGUUACACUGGCCCUGUGGAUGGACCUUGGUUAGUCUGUUACAAUGGCCCUGUGGAUGGACCUUGGUUAGUCUGUUACAAUGGCCCUGUGGAUGGACCUUGGUUAGUCUGAAACACUGGCCCUAUGGAUGGACCUUGGUUAGUCUGUUACACUGGCCCUGUGGAUGGACCUUGGUUAGUCUGUUACACUGGCCCUGUGGAUGGACCUUGGUUAGUCUGUUACAAUGGCCCUGUGGAUGGACCUUGGUUAGUCUGAAACACUGGCCCUGUGGAUGGACCUUGGUUAGUCUGAAACACUGGCCCUAUGGAUGGACCUUGGUUAGUCUGUUACAAUGGCCCUGUGGAUGGACCUUGGUUAGUCUGAAACACUGGCCCUGUGGAUGGACCUUGGUUAGUCUGAAACACUGGCCCUAUGGAUGGACCUUGGUUAGUCUGUUACAAUGGCCCUGUGGAUGGACCUUGGUUAGUCUGAAACACUGGCCCUGUGGAUGGACCUUGGUUAGUCUGAAACACUGGCCCUAUGGAUGGACCUUGGUUAGUCUGUUACAAUGGCCCUGUGGAUGGACCUUGGUUAGUCUGAAACACUGGCCCUGUGGAUGGACCUUGGUUAGUCUGUUACACUGGCCCUAUGGAUGGACCUUGGUUAGUCUGUUACACUGGCCCUAUGGAUGGACCUUGGUUAGUCUGUUACAAUGGCCCUGUGGAUGGACCUUGGUUAGUCUGUUACACUGGCCCUGUGGAUGGACCUUGGUGAGUCUGUUUUACGUGUUGGUACAUUUUUAAGGUUUAAAUGACUGAUGUUUUUAAUGUCUCCCUCUUGGUUUUUCUCGCUCCCCCCCUCUCUAUGAAGUCAGGUGGUUUCUCUACCAUCAGUAGUCCUGUACAGUGCUUUUCUCUGUGUUGUCAUACUGUUCUGUUCACUGUUGUACUCUGCUGUGCCGCUUCAAGUUUGUGCCUUGACUUGACUGUGUGGAACUCUCCUGUCCUUAUAAGUGCUCACACUGGUAGACUGAAAUUAUAUAUUUUUCUAACGAGAUAGACACACACACACACACACGAUAACACAGACAACAGCGGUAUUUGUGAAGGCCAUAUAGGACACGUAGAAGCAGUCAGGUCAAAUAGUUUCUGUUCUGUACAUUGGAUACGGUGGGGUGGGUGAGUUAUGUUGUUUGUUUUGGAAGCUAUGUCCCCUGCUGCAAGAUCUUUCCCAUACAGUGAAUAAAGCCUACUGCUGACCUGUCUCCA